CCCCCCCCCUUUUGCAACGUGCGGUUUUGUGUGUUUAAGACACCCAGGGGCUCGCAGACACCAGCGGCUCCAGGAGGCUCCGGACGGCGUACACCAACACGCAGCUCCUGGAGCUGGAGAAGGAAUUCCACUUCAACAAAUACCUCUGCAGGCCCCGCCGGGUGGAGAUCGCGGCUCUGCUCGACCUGACCGAGCGGCAAGUCAAGGUCUGGUUCCAGAACCGCCGCAUGAAGCACAAGCGGCAGACGCGGCACAAAGAGCCCCCUGACGGGGACGCCGCCUGCCCCGGCCCGGACGAGGGAAGCGACCCCCUGGACGAGGCCGAGGACGGCCCCGCGCUGGGGCCCAGCCGCGGCCAGGGGCGCCCCGAGCCGCCCGGGGGCUCCCGGAUCCGGGCGCAGCCCCGCGCCGCCGCCUCCCGCCCGCAGAGCGCCCGCCCCGGCGGCCCGGACUCGCCUUCGCUGCCGGAGCUGGGCAUCUUCUCGGCAGAGCCCUGCCUGCAGCUCUCCUCCGGCCUGCAGGACUCCCUGGGGAGCCCCGUCCACUUUUCCGAGGAAGACCUGGACUUCUUUGCAAGCGCACUUUGCGCUGCAGAGCUGCAGCACCUGAAUUUCCAGUAGCGGGCCCGCUCCCCGCCUCCCGCUGUUGCCCCGCCAGGCCGAGGCGUCCCCAGUCCCGCCGCCAGUUGCUCCUGGCUGCGGGGAGGGGGGGGUGUCCCCGAAAACGCCCCCGAGACACCACUCGUUCAAUCACCCCCCCGCGCCCCAAACCCUUUCUUCCGAGACUCCUCACGUUGCGGGACCCGAAUCACACUCGCAGUAUUUAUUUUACAGGGCUCACAUAAAAGAGUAGGGUUUUUAUUGUUAUUAUUUUGUAAUUAAAUCCAGGUUCUUAAUUAUAGGCUUUUUUCUUAUUUAUUUUAAAGACGGCGCCCGAUAGUUCUCACGCACAUCAGUCAUGUCAGGCCUCGAGAUAAAACAUUUGCAAAUCCUUCAAGUGACUUUCUCAGGAAUCAGAAUGAGACUUUUAGAUUUCUUAAUAAAAUGAUGAUGAUGAUGAUAAUAAUGAAACAGAGGGAUUUUCUGUCCUCUUUUUAAGUU